AUGAGGCACAUGAUCCUGGUGUUGCUGUACAGCUCUGGUGUUAGUGUCUGUGUUGGUUCGCUGGAGUCGUUGGUAAACUGUGAAUUUAACCAAACUAUGUGUAAGUGGACUGAUUAUGGUUUCAACGAUGAAAACUAUGUCCCAAUAUCAAUGUCGGUCUGUGGUAGGAAUGGAAACAUCAGAGAUUGUGGCAACUAUGAUUCUAGAAACUGGGCAAAUUCAUGGAGGAUGGAAAAUAUCACAAACUACACAUUUUAUAAUAUUCCACCAGACGUGGAUGUGUAUGGCAAAAUGAUGAUUUUCGCGGACAACUUCGAUAAAGGCCAAAUCUAUGCAGAUCAUUUUACUUUUAGCCUGAUGUAUUCACCUGGAAUAUCUGCCGACCCGACCCAAGCUCGUUGUCUGAAGUACAGAUAUUUAUUAACAGCGAAUGCUUCUCUCGUAGUUUCGUAUCAGACAGACUUAAGCGUAUUCGAACAUGACAUUCCAUUAACAGGGCAUUCUGGGAGCCAGGCCUUUAACUUAACUGACGGAUAUACCCAGUUGCCUUUCGUCAAUAAAUUCAGGAUGCAUGUCCAGAGAACUUUUUCCAGUGUGAUAGCUCUGAGUGCAUACACACUGAACAAAUGUGUGAUGGACAAAUCGAUUGCUCUGAUGGUAGUGACGAAACAUUUUGUGAUGAACACCCUGCCAUUCAUUGUAGAAACGUGUUAUUUCCUAGAAACACCUCCACUCUCACUACACGGACAAAAGAAGAUUCCCAGAAUCGUCAUUAAACAUAGCGCCUUCUUAAGAAUAAAAAUAAAUCCGAAUUGGUUGUCCACAUCUAGUAAAAUACUGCAAUCUUUCCAUUUCUAUAACUCUACCGUCUCUGAUGUUGAGUACGACAUGCAAACCUUGAAAAUACAUCUACAUGUAGCGGUCAGUUCGACGUCUCACAUGUCCAAAGCUAUUUUCACUUUUAAACCUGAAAUUUGUGAUAUUUCUGGCAACCGUCUUAUGGACUUCUCUAAAACAGAUCUACACUGCAGAGACUUGGUGAAUGCGAGUCAUAACGAGUUCACAGACAUGAUUGAUACAAGUACCCGGAUAUUAGAUGUAAGCCAUAACAAGCUCACCAGAUACAGUCGCCCUUUUAAAUUUUUGAAUGCACUCUACCUGAAUAACAACCAACUUUUGUCGACAAGAAACAGUUUAAAUUACAGAGAACGUGAAGGCGAUAGCCUACAGAUACUGGAUUUGUCCUACAACAACAUCUCAAUCAUCAAUGCUGGAGACCUCAUCGCGAUUAAACUGAUAUAUCUCAACCUCUCCAGAAACCAAAUCAGAAUGGUACACCCUGACGCUUUUCUUCAGUCCAACAACCUGUUCUCACUUGAUUUGUCUCAUAAUAAUAUCAUCCAAAUCUACAACGGAACCUUCUCACCACUCGGUAAAUUAGAAGAACUGUACUUACAAGGAAAUACAUUCCAGGUCACUAUUAAUUUAUUGAAAGGUCUCUUUAGUUUACGGAUUUUACAAGUCAGCUUUUAUACAAUAUGCUGUGCCAAAACUAACAGCAUUUACAAAGUUGAAUGCCUUGCUCCCGUGAAUGAAAUUUCGUCUUGUGAAAACAUGAUUGCAAAUCCUGUUCUCAGCGCUUUUGUAUGGUACAUUGCAUUAUUGGCAGUUUUUGGAAAUAUGAUCGUUUUUCUUUAUUUUGUCAGUUAUCCCAAAAGCGAUGAAAUCGGGGUGCAUGACAUCUUUGGAACGAAUUUAACUUGUGCUGACUUUCUGAUGGGUGUUUACUUGUACAUUAUUGCUAUCACAAAUCUACAUUACACGGGGCAGUACGGCUUGAAUGACUUCGUCUGGAAACAUAGCGCUGCUUGUACGCUUUCUGGAAUAACUGCCACCUUGUCAAGGGAAGUCUCUGUCUUUAUUUGUUUGUUAAUCACACUUGAAAAAUUGGUUGCUGUCAACUAUCCAUCAUCUCAUUUGAAACCAUCGAUAAAAAGAGUCUCUAUGUUAUUGCUUGUUGCCUGGGUGGUCUCGCUUUUCCUUGCUUUGAUUCCUUUAAAUCCGGACCCUAAUCUUGAAAACUUCUACGCUCAAUCUGGCAUCUGCGUUUCCUUUCCGCUGUCCGUUACACGGAAGACUGGAUGGCAGUACUCCAUGAUCGUGUAUGUCGGAAUCAACUUCCUUCUUUUUCUUGGCAUUCUGAUUGGACAGAUUGCAAUUCUUGUUAAAGUUUUCAGCAAUAGGAAGAAUGUGCAGUCAGACAAAACUCUCCCGAGGGAAGCCUCUUUGGCUAAGACUAUGUCUGCCAUCGUUCUAACUGAUGGAUUCUGUUGGCUUUCUAUAGGGACGAUAGGGUUGCUGACGUUUUUGGGGAUUGAGGUACAGUCAGAUGUUUAUGCCUGGGUGAUACUUGUCGUACUGCCGAUAAACUCCGCCAUUAACCCUAUAUUGUAUUUGUGGACUGCAUUCAAGACGGAAAUGCAGCGGUUCCUUUUACUGCUUCAUUCAUGUGUCUUUCUGAUUGUUGACACAAUGGAAUCACCAGUGAAUUGUGCCUUUAAAGAAGAUCUCUGUAAUUGGAGUGCUCGACGGAAAUCAGACGUUCACAUCAGGAAAUGGAUUAAGCUCUGUGGCUUUCGGGGAAGAAUAAACAACUGCAUCAACACAGACAGAAUUUACCCCGCUAAUCCCUGGAAAGUAGGGGUCAUUUCAAACAACAGUCUCUACAACCUACCACCAGAUUGGAAUUUGACGGGAAGGAAAUUUGCCUAUAGUGACAACACUAACUAUAACGAGCCGCUUACGUCCUACAUCGAUCAUAACAUAAGCACGCGCCUGUUGUACUCACCUAAGAUCCGGGCCACCUCAUGGCCGCGGUGUUUGAAGUUUAAAUUUAUAGUGACUGGCAGGUCCCAUUUCCUUGUGUCAUACUCUAAAGAUUUGAGGAACGUCUACGCAGAUAUUCCACUUCGGACGUUUACGCCACCCACUCCUAUGGCCAGCUUAGGAUAUGGAUUCCUCCAACUGCCGUUUGCGAGGGAAUUCAGGUUGUAUUUUCGGGCCAUUUUUGAGAACGAAGCUCCAGGUCUUGUAUUGCUGUCUGAUAUUCAGCUCAGAGACGGACUCUGCCCUGAUACAUGUCCAAAGAACCUAUUCCAGUGUUCUAGCUAUGAGUGCCUGGAUACAGAUAAAGUCUGUGACGGUCGUACUGAUUGUUCCUUCGGUGAUGACGAAUAUAUGUGUUACUACAAUUCCUCCGGAGUAAACAGAAGUAAUAAGCCUAUUCACAAAACAAAUGCCGUUAUUUCCCAAGAAGAGACUGAUGGAGACAUUCAGAACAAAUCUCUACAAGAUGAAGGUCCCGUGAAGCAUUGCGGGAAUGUCUCUGAUGAUAACACUUGUUGCCUUGUAUCAACAUUGCUAAAUGGUAAAUGUUUACAGCAGAACCAAAAGAAAAGUUUGCAAAAUUCGUCACUUGCUGAUAUUUGUUCACGUUGCAACAAUUCUUGGCGAGUAGAUUGCAUUGCUUGCAUUCCGGAAAAUGCAGUUAAUAAUACAGUUUGUUUUUUACCGCAGAGCCUUAAUCACGAAACGUCUUUGGUCAACUUGACGUCAUUACUCCAGAGUCGACCUAAUGAUCAUAAUAAUUCACAAAGCAGUUACUCAAAGUUAGAAAAUAUAUGCUCAGAAGUCGCAGUCAAAAAAUGUGCUUUAUUUCAUGGUACACAAAGUCCAUUAAUCUGUAACAUAAGUGAUAUUUCAUCGGGUUUGUGUAUAAACGUUUCCAUAUUAUGCCCUCAGUACACCUCAACAGGUGUUAUCAUCUACGAACAAUGUGUGCUGAUUGGCAACACUUCGGCAAAGAAUGUCAGCAUAUGUUGUAUAAAGAAAGAAGAGACUGAUUUUCAAAUUCUGGAUAGUAAGACAAUAUGUGGUGAAUGUAAUGAUAGAAACGAUAAUGCCGACAUUGUUUCAUUUUUAAACAAAACUUCAUUCGAUGGAAUCACAUGUUUAAAUUCCUCUGAAAUAAUCCAUUCUUCGGACAUGGAUCAUUCUGAAACAGAUAUAUCUUCAGACACCGAUCAAAUAAGUCUUCACAGAUCUGGAGCCUGUUAUUCCUUCUGUCCGCUAGGGUGUAACUGUUUAGGAGAAAGCUUUCUAUGUGAAAGACUGGGAUCAGUUGGUUAUACCGACAGGAUCCUACUACAUAAUGUGGAAUGCAAAACACUCAAGAUUGAUGAUGUCCACAACAGCCUUUCCCUCAAAAGCAGACAAAUUUUUAAGCUUGAAAUUCAUGAUUCAAGAAUAACAAAUUUAGAAAUACUAGCGUAUUAUCCAUAUUUUAUUCACAGGAUCCUGAUAAAUAACAGUAUCUUUGAUAAGAUUCAUAUUGAGUCUUUUGUUGUUAAGGCGUUUCAAUCAUUUCUCACAGUUGACCUCUACAGCACUCGUUUAUCGUUCUUUAAAUUUAAAGAUUUUUCACAUUUCGUUCUAAAUUCUUCUGACAAAUCAUCUAUUCAAUUUACCAGAAUGAUUAUACACUCAAUUCCUAUGACAUUAGACAUGUCUGGAAAUGCCUUUGGACAUCUAAAAUUUGAUUAUAAUUUUUCAAAUUAUUUUCUUUUUUCUGAUAUGGUCAACUUAAGUCAUAAUGCUUUAACGGAAGUCCGCCCGCUUUGGACAUGGGUUCUGGACUUAAGUCACAAUCAGCUGACAUUUUACUCCCACUUCACCAUUCGUUUAGAAGUCCUGUAUUUAAAUAAUAACCAUAUUCGAUCAGCAAGAAGGCUAGAAAACUAUGAUCCGAAUGGUGACGACCACUUGAGAAUACUUGAUUUAUCAUACAACAAUAUAACAGCUAUCAACAGUGGGGACCUUCUCUCCUCCAACCUGAUUUUUCUGAAUCUGUCCAGAAAUCAUAUUGAAAUUAUAGAGGCAGGGGCAUUUCGCCGGACUAUCCACAUCGCCACACUAGACCUGUCGUAUAAUAAGAUCUCUCAAAUCUUUGACGGAACUUUCUUGCCUUUGAAGGACCUUGAAGAGUUGUAUUUGCACGGCAAUUAUUUCCAGGUUUUCGAAGGAAUGUUUACAGGACUUUUCAAUUUAAGAAUCUUGAGAGUUAGUUUUUAUACUAUUUGCUGUGCUAUAACCAACAGUAAGUAUGCUGUACAGUGUAUCGCACCCUUGAAUGAGAUUUCGUCAUGUGACCAUUUGAUAGCUGUACCGGUACUUAACGUUGCUGUGUGGUACAUAGCGUUGGUGGCUGCGUUCGGAAACCUGAAUGUCCUGUUGCUUAACAUUGGUCAUAUCAGGAGCAGUAAAGCCGGAACAUACUAUCUUCUGACGAUAAGCUUAAGCUGUGCCGACUUCUUGAUGGGUUUGUACUUAUACAUAAUUGCUGUCACAAACCUACAUUAUUCUGGACAAUACGGUCUUAAUGAUUACAACUGGAGACACAGUUCAACGUGUAAAUUUUCCGGAGUAAUCGCCACUCUGUCGAGCGAAGUGUCCGCCUUUAUCGUUCUGCUGAUCACACUUGACAGAUUUCUUGCCAUCAAGUACCCCUUCUCCGGUUUUAAAUUUACCAAAAGGAGCGCGGCUAUUGUAGUGGUGACCGUGUGGUCUGUUUCUCUACUUCUGGCUCUGAUCCCUCUACUACCAGUAGCUGAUCUGGACAAUUUCUACGCUCAGUCCGGUAUAUGUAUAUCCCUCCCUCUUUCUGUUUUCAGGAAAUCCGGAUGGGAAUACUCAAUGAUUGUGUUUGUUGGAAUCAACUUUAUACUUUUUCUCGGCAUUCUUGUUGGGCAGAUCCUUAUAUUUGUGGAGGUUGUUAGAUCUGGAAAGUCAGUCCAGUCUACCAAGACAAGAGAGAGGGAAGCAUCUCUGGCCACGACGCUGUUUGCAAUAGUUCUGACGGAUGUCUUUUGUUGGAUACCAAUUGGAACCAUAGGAAUGCUUACGUUUCUUGGAAUUGAGGUACAGGCCGAUGUCUACGCUUGGAUAGUGGUUGUGGUUCUGCCGAUUAACUCCGCCCUCAACCCCAUUCUGUAUACUGUCACUGCAGUCAUCAGAAACAAGAGAAGGCAAGAGGAAGAAAGCAUUGCCAAGCUGAAGAAACAGCUAUUCCUACUAAAGGCAAAAGCUGACAAUAUGGGUCACAGAGCUGUCAGUCGGUUGCCAGACGUAACCUCUAUCAGUCAUGACAUUGAUAAUGGUCCAGCAAGCCUAGAAACAGCGAUAAAAAGCCCGGAUGAAUAAACCAAUGUCCCUGGAGUGUCAGCUUCAGCGUCUCUAAACUUUCACAUGAGAA